AUGGCAUCUUGUGCUCACAAGCCGUGCACGCUGCUCACAAGCUGUGCACGCUGCUCACAAGCCGUGCACGCUGCUCACAAGCUGUGCACGCUGCUCACAAGCCGUGCACGCUGCUCACAAGCUGUGCACGCUGCUCACAAGCUGUGCACGCUGCUCACAAGCUGUGCACGCUGCUCACAAGCCGUGCACGCUGCUCACAAGCCGUGCACGCUGCUCACAAGCCGUGCACGCUGCUCACAAGCCGUGCACGCUGCUCACAAGCCGUGCACGCUGCUCACAAGCCGUGCACGCUGCUCACAAGCCGUGCACGCUGCUCACAAGCCGUGCACGCUGCUCACAAGCCGUGCACGCUGCUCACAAGCCGUGCACGCUGCUCACAAGCCGUGCACGCUGCUCACAAGCCGUGCACGCUGCUCACAAGCCGUGCACGCUGCUCACAAGCCGUGCACGCUGCUCACAAGCCGUGCACGCUGCUCACAAGCCGUGCACGCUGCUCACAAGCCGUGCACGCUGCUCACAAGCCGUGCACGCUGCUCACAAGCCGUGCACGCUGCUCACAAGCCGUGCACGCUGCUCACAAGCCGUGCACGCUGCUCACAAGCCGUGCACGCUGCUCACAAGCCGUGCACGCUGCUCACAAGCCGUGCACGCUGCUCACAAGCCGUGCACGCUGCUCACAAGCCGUGCACGCUGCUCACAAGCCGUGCACGCUGCUCACAAGCCGUGCACGCUGCUCACAAGCCGUGCACGCUGCUCACAAGCCGUGCACGCUGCUCACAAGCCGUGCACGCUGCUCACAAGCCGUGCACGCUGCUCACAAGCCGUGCACGCUGCUCACAAGCCGUGCACGCUGCUCACAAGCCGUGCACGCUGCUCACAAGCCGUGCACGCUGCUCACAAGCCGUGCACGCUGCUCACAAGCCGUGCACGCUGCUCACAAGCCGUGCACGCUGCUCACAAGCCGUGCACGCUGCUCACAAGCCGUGCACGCUGCUCACAAGCCGUGCACGCUGCUCACAAGCCGUGCACGCUGCUCACAAGCCGUGCACGCUGCUCACAAGCCGUGCACGCUGCUCACAAGCCGUGCACGCUGCUCACAAGCCGUGCACGCUGCUCACAAGCCGUGCACGCUGCUCACAAGCCGUGCACGCUGCUCACAAGCCGUGCACGCUGCUCACAAGCCGUGCACGCUGCUCACAAGCCGUGCACGCUGCUCACAAGCCAUUUCACCAUCACCUUGACUUCCCCUUGCCACUUGCCCCUUGCUCUUCCCCGCUGCUCUCCCCUGCUCCUGCUCAUCCCCUCUUUUCAUCCCUUCUUCUCUUCCCCCCUUCUCAUCCCCGCUGCUCUCCCCCCAUGCCUAUGCCCUCUCCCUCCUAUCCCCCCUGUCCUGCCCCCACCAGGUCCAGUGCAGAGCUGGCGUCCACCUACCCGCCUCUGCUGCUCGACUUCUCUGCCAACCUGCUCUGGGCCGUCCCUGCUUACAACUACCUCUUCCACAAGAACGACACACUGCUGUGCAUUGCAGCCAUUGGAUACCGGCAGUCCAACACCACAUACAUAGGAGGGUCGUGGCUUCGCAACAACGAUGUUCUUUUCAACCACGAGACAAACACAAUUGGAUUUGUGCCCAUGAAUUGCACCUCGGGCAAGCUCAUCAACACCACCACCAGUGCCAUCAUCCGUUCCUCCCCUGCCAUCUUUGAGAACCCACCCGACUACAGCUAUGAUGAGUCUUCAGGCCGGCACAUCCAACCAACCAUGUUAUGGUCCACACUUACUGUUUUAGGAAUGGCUAUAGUGUUUAUUUAG